AUGGCAAAGCUAUAUGCUAAAGACCAGGCUAGCGGCUUCCGCAAUCGAGUUGAGCGAGUUGCUAUAGUCGGAGCCAGCGGAAGAAUCGGCAGCCACAUCACUCAAGCUUUGGCGGAGAACAGCAAACACGAAUUGACCCUCAUUACCAGACCGGAGAGCGAAAGUAAACUCCCACAUGGUCUCAAAGUCAUCAAAGUUGACUACUCCGGCGAUGACAUCACGGCGCUCACAGACGCUUUGCGCGGACAGGACUGUCUCAUCGUCUGCAUGGCGGUGACGGCGCCCGCAGACACGCUCAGUAAAUUCUCCCGAGCGGCUGCGCAGGCACAAGUCCCCUACAUAAUGCCAAACUGGUUCGGCAUCGGACCAGAGAACGACGCCAUUGCAAAGGAACCAAUCAUCGGUACCAGGAUGAACGCCGUCGUCGCCGAGAUCAAGCAGCUCGGUGUGAGCGCGUAUCUCCUGCUGGGCAGCCAGUUCUGGUACGAGUUCAGCCUGGGCGGCGGACCUAGCCGAUACGGAUUUGACUUUACCAAGAGAUCCUUGAUCCUGUUCGACGGUGGCGACAAGCCAAUGGACACGACAACUUGGCCGCAAAGCGGACGGGCAGUUGCUGCGCUCUUGAGCUUGAAGAGGCUGCCAGAGGACAAAGACGACAAGUCGACGACUCUUUCCCAGUUUUCAAAUGGAACUGCGUAUGUUCGUAGCUUUCGUGUUACCCAAAAAGACAUGUAUGAAAGCGCCAAGCGUGUGACAAAGACGACAGACGCCGACUGGACGAUCGCACAUGAGUCGUCCCAGGCUGGGUUUGAAGAAGGCAAGGCCAAGGUAAAGGCCGGCGAUUUCACCACGUUCACAAAGAUGCUGUACAGUCGCGUCUGGAUGGACGACAACGCAGAUCUGGAGGGAAGAGUGGGCAAGCUACACAAUGAUGCGCUUGGGCUUCCAGUCGAAGACUUGGAUGAGGCGACGGCGGAGGCUGUUCGCCUGGCAUUGGCUGGGGAGAUUCCGUUUGGGCACUGA